UAUUCUGAGAAAAUAGCUAAAACGGGGUCGCUUUGUUGUGUGGCUUCAAGGCCACAUGGAUCAAAUGCUGGCAGUAGGGACUGGUCCAUGGGUCCAAAUGAGCCCUAUUGGCGGACAAAUUCGAGUUUUUCGCCGCCGCCGACGAGGUGGGAUUUCAGAUUCCAGUCUGAGGGGAUGCCGUAUAGUGUGAAUGAUGGCAUUCAACUCUACGGGUCUUCUACUACGUCUUCAAAUGGUAAGGAAAGUAGGGGCUGGGUCAGAGGCAAUCACCUGUAUGAUCUUCACUAUUCUGCUUCAGAUGGUACUGGGAUUUUCCUUAGCAGUCCUUCUGACCUUUCUCAGGGUCCUCAGUGGACACCUCCUGCAAUACAAGAAAUCAGUAUUGACAAUUAUGAAACGUCAACCAGGAAAGAUCCUCAUCAUUCUGCAGUCCGGGUAUCUCUUACUCCCACUAAGGAGGGAACAUCCAUAAAUCCCAACAGUGGAGGCUCAACAUCGUCUCUGUCAGAAAGUAGCGAAUCCGAGUCUACUAAAUCACAUUUAUCCUCUCAGAGGAAUUUCUCUAAUCUUCGAUCUUUCAUCUCUAAACCCAUUCAUCCUAUGUCCUUCAAUGACCCAACAACAACUAGGGGUGCCUUUGACCCUACUGUUACAGAUUUUACAGAGUUUGAUAGUUCUACUCCGCUCAGAGAUGGCCAGCGUUGGAGUAGUGCCAGCAGUAGUCAGGAGUUUGCAGAUGUUACCGAGUCAUUUGAAUUCGAAACACCCGGCCGCCCACAGUUUCAUUCAGAUGGCUUCAGAUGUGGCUUGUGCGAAAGAUUUCUCUCGCAGAGGUCACCUUGGAGCUCCCGGCGUAUUGUGAGAAGCGGCGACAUGCCUACAAUUGGAGUUCUUCCUUGUUGUCAUGCUUUUCAUGCUGAAUGCUUGGAGCAGACAACGCCGAAAACUAGGAAAAGUGAACCUCCAUGCCCUGUGUGUGUCAAACUGGAGGAGGAAAAUUCCCCUGACCAACGGGGGCAUUUGAGGCUUCCGAGGCUGAAAUCGUCUCGUGAUGAGGGACCAUCAAGACCUUGGGGAUGUGUACAGGUAGGUGAUUGUGUUGAAGGGGCUCUGCAUGCGCCGCCGCGCAACACCAUGUUCCUGCUUAACCGGAAUCGUAUUAAGAAGAACCUUUCUUUGAAGGGUAAUAUAAGCAAGGAAUUUCCAGGUAAGGUGAGGAAAAGUGGGUCAUAUUCUUCACAGAUGUUUGGUGGAAGCUCAGUUGGUUGCUCAAAGGCAAGUGAAGGGCCAAGUGUGUGGAGGUAAGUUAUAGCUUACCCCCAGAGAUUUACAGAAGCUGACUCUCCUACUAUGUUGAGCAAAAUUUUAUGACACUGAUUCCUAACUUGUUCCUCAUUUUGUAUAGAUUCAUAUGUUGUAUGUGUUUCGAAACUCACUUGGAACUUUAUCUUAUUUUGUCUGAUUUAUGAACUAAAUACUCUCAGAGUUACUGUUAGAUAUCAUGCAAAUGGAAAUUCUCACUUUUUUCAAAGCAUAAUAAUAAGGAAGUAACAAAAACUUGUAGCUUU